UCUAUAUAAUAAACACUUUAACUUCGGUUUCUUAUGGAAUACACGUCUCUGAAUUUAAUGAGACUAAAUUAUUUCAAUCAAUGAAUCUACAAAUAACUGAGCUGAGAGCGGAGCAGAAACAUCACGAUAAGUUGAUAGAAGGAAUAUUCAAGGCAUUGGAUCUUCAAUUACUUAAAGACGAACAGGAAAGACAAGGAAAACUCAUAGACGGACUGGUUAAGGCAACAGAUGUUCAAAGUCUGAAGGCGGAACUGGAAAAACUAAAGAAAGAUGGAGUUGAGAAGCAGUCAGAUAUAGAACUUUUUAAAGAGCAACUGGAACAACAGAAAACAGAUGGCGUUGAUAAAGAAUCGAAAAUUCACUUUCUUACAGCGGAGCUGGAGCGUCAGGGAAAAUUGAUAGGUGCACCGAAUAAACAAUUAAAUAAUCAAACUCUUAGGUGGGAACAGGAACGACAAGGAAAGCUGAUUGAUGCACUUGUUAAGAAAACUUACCAAAGUUGUACCGACGCCAAGUCUAGUGGGAUCAAUGAAAUGCUAAUUCCCAAGCUUAGCAGUGAACUUUUUAAAGUGGCCUGCGAUGCAGAAACUCGAGGGGGAGGUUGGACAAUUAUCCUGAGGAGGAUGGAUGGAACUGUCGACUUCUAUCGCAACUGGGCUGCAUACAAAGAGGGAUUUGGAGAUUUGAAUGGCGAGUUCUUCUUGGGAUUGGAUAAAAUACACGCAUUGACGGAAGAAAUGAACCAGGAAUUACUUGUUGUCCUAGAGGACAAAGAGGGAAUUGAAGCUUUUGAGAUGUAUGACAACUUUGCAAUCGGCGAUGAAGAUCAACAAUAUGUCAUACGCACUCUGGGAAAUGCGAGUGGAACUGCGGGUGAUUCACUCUCUAAUCAUCGUGGCAUGAAAUUUACCACCAAAGAUCGAGAUAAUGAUUUUAAACAAUUUUUAAACUGUGCUGUAAGGCACACUGGCGCCUGGUGGUACAAUCGGUGUCACUCAAGCAACUUGGCAGGGAAGUACAAUGAUAACAGCUGGGGCAAGGGCGUCAUUUGGUUCACUUUUAAGGGUUAUGAUUACUCCCUCAAAAAAGCAGUCAUGAUGAUUCGGCCAAAGAAGUAAAUUCUAAGACUCUACAAUGUUUGAAAUCUGCUCACCGUUAUAUUAAAAUGUAUUUUGCGAUACCUCAAAGCAUAUUCUAUUACACAUGUUUGUAGAUAGUUUAAUUAUUUAUUUUUUAUUAAAUCUUUAUUUCAUGUA